AUGCGUUGAGAGAAUAAAUUCAGAGAAGAGCACCAAAAGACAAGGGGCAUUGAGCUUGGAACGAAAAUUAUCAAUAUUAAUGAAGAACAGAUAAAUUUUAUAUUGUGGGAUACUUAUAGCGAUGAAAGACUCAUUCAGAUUACUAGAGCCUGCUUCAGAGGUACAGCAGCAGCAUUCAUAAUUUAUGACGUCACAAGAAGAGAGAGCUUUGAACAUCUGGACUAUUGGGUUUAUGAAAUAUCGACUUAUGGCCCUAAAGAUGCUGUAGCAGUCUUGAUUGGAAAUAAAGUUGAUAUAGAAGAGGAAAGAAAAGUUUUAUUUGAAGAAGGCCAAAAAUUUGCAAAUGAUCACCAAAUGAUUUAUUUCGAAACUUCAGCUAAAACUGGGUUGAAUAUUGAAAAUUUGAUUAAUUUUGUUUCAGCUGAAAUUUUGACCAAAAUCAGAAAUGGGCAGAUAGACAUAGAGGCUGAUAGUAAUGGGAUUAAACUCUCAAGGCUAAAAUAA